UCCAAAAGCCCCCACGUAAGAACUGAUAACUCCACGUUCUUAAACCACCCCACAUACAUCCGUACCACUUCUUUUGCUAAAAGGGUAGUAGUUACGUUGUUAUUAAUUCUUAUACGUUGGUUAUUUAAUUUGCUUCUAUUUUUCGUUGCGCUUGUGUUUUGAACGAUGGUGGAAGAAAACACAACACCAACAUCAACAACAAAACAUGAUUGGUUCGAAACCCAAGCCGUCUUGGACUUGAAGCGUUGGUUCCAAGCAAUCAUAUCCUCACACAAGACCCUCUUUACACUCCUAUGGCUGGCGGCGUUCACCUCCGCCUUCCUGUGGCAGAGGGAUGCCGUUAGUGGGUUGGUGGUGUUGCACGGUGGCGGUGAGUCUCUUAAGAAGAGUGAAAGUUCAUUGUUGUAUCCUAAGCUGAGGCCCGUGGGCUUCAGCUUAGUGGAUUUCGGUGGCGUUGGCGAUGGCGUUACCAUGAACACUAAGGCGUUUGAGAGGGCGGUUUCAGAGAUUUCUAAGUUGGGAGAGAAGGGUGGUGGGCAGCUGAAUGUGCCCCCUGGUAGGUGGCUCACUGCACCUUUUAAUCUCACCAGUCAUAUCACUCUUUUUCUUCAUCAAGAUGCUGUCAUUCUUGGAGUUCAGGAUGAAAAGUACUGGCCACUGGUGCCUGCAUUGCCUUCAUAUGGAUAUGGAAGGGAGCAUCCUGGCCCUCGUUACACCAGCUUGAUCCAUGGCCAAAAUCUUACUGAUGUUGUCAUAACAGGGCAUAAUGGUACCAUAAAUGGACAGGGACAAACAUGGUGGACAAAAUAUCUGCAGAAGGUUCUGAACCACACAAGGGGUCCACUGGUUCAGAUCUUAUGGUCUAGUGACAUUCUUAUAACUAACAUUACUUUGCGUGACUCUCCUUUUUGGACACUUCAUCCAUACGAUUGCAAGAAUGUUACAAUAAAAAACCUUACAAUUUUGGCUCCUGUGUAUCGUGCACCAAAUACUGAUGGCAUUGAUCCUGAUUCAUGUGAAGAUAUGUUGAUAGAGAACUGUUACAUAAGCGUGGGAGAUGAUGCAAUUGCCAUAAAAAGUGGGUGGGAUCAGUAUGGAAUUGCUUAUGGAAAGCCUUCAAAGAAUAUAGUAAUCCGAAACCUUGUUGUUCGAUCUAAUGUUAGUGCCGGCAUCUCAAUAGGCAGCGAAAUGUCCGGCGGUGUAUCGAACGUAACGGUGGAGAACAUCCUUGUAUGGAAAUCCAGGCGUGCUAUUCGGAUCAAGACAGCGCCGGGAAGAGGCGGCUUCGUGCGCCAAAUAUCUUACAAGAAUCUGACCUUUGAGAAUUGCAGAGUUGGAAUUGUGGUCAAAACAGACUACAACCAACACCCUGACGCCGGAUACGACCCGAAAGCGCUUCCUCUUCUCGAGGACAUAAGCUUCACGGGCGUCCGGGGCCAGGCAGUUCGAGUGCCGGUACGGAUUCAAGGCAGCCAGGACAUUCCUGUUAGAAAUGUGACUUUUAAGGACAUGUUUGUCGGAUUAAUUUCGAAGAGGGUGAAGAAGAAGAAACAUAUCUUCCAGUGUGCCUUUGUCCGUGGUCAAGUAAUAGGGACUAUCUUCCCUGCCCCUUGUGAGAACUUUGAUCAGUACAAUGAACAAGGGCAGCUAGUUAAGCAUGCCGUAUCAUGGAAUGUCACAGAUAUAGAUUACCAAAUAUGAGGCCUUUUUGCAUGCUUGUUGACUUCUUGUGCGUCGAUGCCAUAAUGGGAUCUCUGUAUCUUAUGCGUGGUAUGAAUCUGUAUGUGAGUAUAGCCUUUUAAAGCUGUGGUUGUGGUUCUGGUUCACUUCGAAUUAUUCUGAUUGCAGAAAAACGCGAAAUUUACAACUGAUGUGACUGCAAUGCAAUUGUGCAAGACAUUGUAAUUGCAAUUUUGUGGCAAUGUGGCUGCAACUGUCGUUAAAGACUGCAACCUAAAUGCAUCCCUAUCAGCAAUUAGGCUUCAACUUAUGUUUAUAUUAGUCAUUUUUGUGCAAGUUUCUUAGGUGAUGAACUGUACAUAGUGGAACGUUCAGAUACUUGUAUAAGCGGCCUUCUUAUUUUUAAGGAUUUAUUACAAGCUAAGCUUUCAUUUUAAUUUUGUAAUUUAUAGUCAUCAAAUAGUUAUUAUUGGUGUUUUUAAUGGCAUAAAAUUUUAUCCAAUGGUAUAAAAUUAUUCAA